AUGUUUUCCCACUCGGUUAACGGCGGAAAGAAGGUUCUUUGUAUCUUUCAAGACUUUUCCUUGAUCAAUAACAAAAGUCUUUGUAACAACAUAAUCAAAACAGCCUUGGCGAAGGUCGACGAGAACUCUGAAUUCAUGUGGAUACGAGAAGCUGAGCCAGAAUUCGAUUUCAAACUGGACGACAGCUUCUUUGCUCCAGCUUAUGAAAGAAUACGAUUAUGCAUUGGCAAGAACGAAGAGAUUGUGCAAUUACUGGAGAAAUUAUUGAAUGCCGAACGGCUGGCACAAUUUUCGGACGAUGGGACCGUGGUGCGAUAUGUCUUGGUAAGUUUUUGGUUUGUUAUAAGCCUAUACGUUUAUAGGUUUUGUUGUUUUGAAUAUUAAUAUAACGUAGAUAAUAAUUUUUUGAUACUUUUUUGUAUUCUUAAAUUCGUUUUACAUUACGUUUUCAGGUAGAUUUAUCAACGGCUAAAACAUACGAUCCUUUCACAUUAUCGGCAAUGACGUCAUUACUACUUGAAGUAGCCAGAAAUAUACAAUCAUUUUGUUCUACGCUGGAGAUCAACGUCGUGAUGUUAUUGCCAUUGUGUCAGGAAGUAGCCAGAGGUAUUGGAAGACAUAAAGUUGCGGUUCAAUUUGGUCUGAAGCUAUAACUAACACCUAUAUACCAAUAACAACAUUACUGAUAUCAGAUAGUAAGUUAUUAAUAAACAUAUUCAGAAUAUAGGUUAAUGGUUGUAUACUUACGGAUGCUAUUCUAUUUUUAGUAUAGUUUUACCGCUAUUGCCACAGUAAAACAAUUUUUUGUCCAGCAUUUUUCUGAAAAGCAAAUUUUGUGGCACUCCGUCAAAUUUCGCGGCGAAAUGCCACAAAUUUAUUGAUUCGGCCGAAACUUUUCUAUUUUCCUUUUCUCGUAAAUAAAGAACUCAAAUCGUUGUAAUAAAUAAUACGUUUGUUUUUUUAGCCAGGAGCCGAAGAGAUAGGAGGAAAAGCAACUGUUAUGCCGAGAACCGAGUGAUCUCCACGAAUCACGUGCUCUCUCGUCCGAUUCUCGUCAAAAAGAAGAUUCCGUUCGCGUUUACCUGUUCCAAGUGAGUUUUUGCGUUUUUCUUGACCAAUUUUAGGUAAUUUGAGAAGUGUUUUGAGUUGUUAACGAUAUUUUAUUAAUGAUAAAAGGUGUUUUUUUGGGUAAUAGAAGAUUAUGGAAAGAAGAUGUUUAACAUAGUAAACAUUUGGAAAAUAAAUAAACAAGGGUUGAAAUACUAAACCGUGAUCUCUUAAUGGUGUAAACUGUGGGAAUCUGUUAAAGUUUACGAAAUUUUAAAAUGUUUUACUUACUUGACAGAGAAUUACAUCUGUUUUCUAUGAAAAUUUUACGGUUUUACUAUAAAUGUUACGUUAUUUUUCUGAAAUGAUGUUAAACUUGUGUUGAUACCUAAACGAUCAAUGUUCGGUGCUUUAAACUUUGAAAACUGUUUGUUUGUGAUGUUUUUACUAUGGUUUGUGAUGGUAACAAAACUGUUUUCAGGUUAUUAUGUCUUGAUUGGAAGAAACAUGGAGACAAUAAAAUACUACUGGACUGUUCUGAAAGACUUCUGUACCAAAGUGGUACAAUGGCGUCAUCCGAUGACCGUGCCGUAUAUUAUGGCAGUCAAUGGAAUGUUUUGGUGAGUUAUCUUAUUGUUUUGCUUUUUUUGGAAUUUAGGGAUAAUAUCUAUUAUCAAAAAAAAGUCAUGCUCUAUAUUUUCUUUAAAAUUUUCAUAAAAGUGUUUUCAUCCGAACGCUUUAAGUAAAUGUUAGAGUUGGCUCAGACUAAUAUUACCUUGGUUUAGGGCCACUGUAUUUUACGGAGAUGA